CAUAUAUAAAUAAAUGUCCGAUAGCCAAUCUAAGAAGAUAAAAAAGAGAAAGAAUAGUUAAAUUUAAACUAAUAGGGGAAAGCCUAGUGAUAUAUAAUCAACUCAACUUUCAAUUCCUGAUAUUUGGACUAAUCAUCCAGUCUGUUUAAAACUCAUAAAAUAUUUAUUGGACAAUGGAAGACAUAAUUGCUUGCAUUAAGCAGGAAAACAAACAAAUAAAAAUGAUUACAAAUCAAAAAAAUGUGAAAUAAAAAAAAACAAAGAAUUUUAUACACAAUUAGAAAGCAUUGCUAAAGAACUUUUUGGUUAUUAAUGUGAAACAAAAAGAUGUAUAGUUUUCUUUUUUAGAUCUAAUGAAGAAGAGAAAUUAGCUAAUGAUAAUUGGAUUUAAAAUUUUCAUUAAUAUAAUUAAGAUUGUGUAGAGGCUUUAUUUAAAAUUAAGGCUUUAUUUAAUGAAAAAUUUUUCAACAAUUUGAUUUUAAUAUUGUCUUCCAAUUAAACAUAAGAUUAAUUAAUUUAAUAAUUGCUUCAAAAUUCAGAAACACCUUAAUAAUUCUCUUAAAUAAUUCAAAACAUUUACAUAAAAUAUAUAUUAGAAUAAAUGAAGGAGUAACAGAGCUGUAAUGUUUAUACUUUUAGAAACAGAGCAGCUAUAGAAGACAAUUUUUUCUCAUUUAUUAAAUCUAAUAGCUUUAAAAUUGAAUUAGAAAAAUUUAUUAGAGAUAUUAAAUUUAUUUUUAAUAGAGAAAAUGAUUAAUAUCAUGGAUCUGUUAUUUAAUUUUAAGAGACAAAUGAUUUAUCUUAAUUAUUUAUUGAAUUAUAGAAUUCAACUCCCUGGUUUUACGAUUAAAUCUAAUUACAUGAUCAAGAAUAUUGA